AUGGAGCGGAUCAGCCUGGACCGGACUGCACUGCGGGCGCUGGACGAGUACUGCGAGUACACCAGGAUUGUGGGUGAGGACGACGGGGGGACUCUGUUCACGCCGCAGCAGUAUGAAGAGUACAAGAGGAGGGUGGUCCCCGGGCGCCUGCACAACCGUCUGUACGUGAGCUACGGGGUCCCCGGGGGCCCCGACUGCAAACUGAUCGGCCCCGAGACGCCCUGCUUCUGCACACACCGGUACAAGCAGCACCAGACUGAGUUGGAGCAGCUCCCGGCACAGCGCCCCCUGGAGCUGGCGUGUCGUGUGCGUGGGUGCUCGUGCUCUCGGUACCAGUACGUCCCUCACACGGGCUCCAGACCCGUGCGCUGCAGCUGCAAACAUCUGCCUGAGGAGCACCAGGCCUCCGGGGGGCACCACUGCUCCAGAUGUCUCUGUCGGGGGUUCCACAGUCCCUCUGCCUGUGGGUGUGGUCGGCCCUACUCCGCCCAUCGCACUCUGGUGGAGAGUGGUGAGGAGAGACAGGCCCGUGGAGCUCCUGUGGGUCGGGCCGUUCCGUACCAGGCCAUGGGGGGUUUGACCGGGUUCAGCUCGCUCAUGGACGGGUACCUCAGACUGGACCCGAGCGGAGCAGGUCUCACCCAGUCUACACGGGAGAGUCCAGCUCAACAACCUCAAGAAUCUAAAUAA